AUUAUACUAAAGCAUUCGACAAAGUAAGACACGAUGAAAUCAUUAACAUCCUAGAGCAACUGCACAUAGACGGAAAAGACCUCCGUAUCAAGAACAUAUAUUGGGAACAGAUAGCAGCUAUGAGGGUCGACAACGAGAUCGGAGAGUACCAGAAGAUCAGACGAGGGAUAGAUGGUAACGACAUCAACAACUUACGGUACGCUGAUGAUACAGUCCUGCUGGCAGAGACAGAAGAAGAUCUGCAGUCUCUGCUAAAUACAGUCAUCGCUGAAAGCGAAAGGAAAGGUCUCCCCAUUAAUAACACCAAAACCAAGACAUUGGUCGUCAUCAAGAAGGGGCAAAUACCAUCAUGCAACAUAACUGCGAACAGGACCAUGCUUAAACAAGAAGAAAAAUUCAACCAGAUACUUAAGAAUGGUGUGUACAGGUCACGAGCUCUCAGCCAACUACCUGAGAAGCUCAGCAAUUACUCUGACGUAAAUUUAGCGCGGGAAGGUAGAAGUCCUGGCCGAUGGUCUUCCAAGACGAAGGGUGUAAAUGAGCAGGCCACACUAGACAGGACCAUUCAUGCUGGAAGCAAAGUUAAUGAGGAACUCAAAGAUAGUGCAGUUUCCAAUAAAAUAAAGAUAUUGAGAAAAUCAGAGGAUAUGAUGCAUUCCAUGAUAGUACCAGUAUGGAUACAUCAUGAAAGUAACAUACGUAAAAAGGUAUUGGUUUAUGCAUUAUUGGAUGAACAGUCAGAUGCAUGUUUUAUUAAAGAAUCCACCAUGAAUGAGCUAAACAUUCUAGGCUCCAAGGUACACCUAAAGUUAACAACAGUGACAGGCGAAGAAACAAUUGAAAGUACAAAGACUAGAGGACUAAUAGUAUGUGGUAAAAAUGAAAAGAUAGAGAUUGCACUUCCAGUCACUUACUCAAGGAAGAAUAUACCAGCCAGACAUGAUCAAAUUCCAAGGCCAGAAAGUGUAGAAGGGUGGCCUCAUUUACAGAGAGUAGCAAACGAAUUGAUGCCAUACGAUAGAAGUGUUGAAGUUGGGCUCCUGAUUGGCUUAAAUUGUAUCCGUGCCAUCAAACCAAGAGAGUUAAUUCCUGGGAAAGAUGACGAGCCUUAUGCAAGGAGAACUUUGCUUGGUUGGAGUAUAAUAGGGAGAGUCAAUGGUGAUUAUCAAGACACAAGUGACUCAGAUUCAGUUCUAGCUAGCAAAGUAAUAGUCAAUAAGGUUAUCAUUAAUGGUGACACAAAAUAUGAUAAGGUCAAGUUUCCAAAUAGUAAAGAAUUAGCAAUGUGUAGGUUGAUGAGUCUAAAGAGGAAGCUAAAGCAAAAGAAUGGUUUUCUACAGGACUAUGUUGCCUUCAUGAAAGAUCUCAUAGACAAAGGCUAUGCAGAAGAGGCACCAUACCAGGGUCCAAAUUUCAAUGAUGGAAGAGUAUGGUAUAUACCACAUCAUGGUGUGUAUCAUCCAAAGAAACCUGACAAAAUUAGGGUAGUAUUCGAUUGCAGUGCUGUGUAUAAGAAUGAAUCACUUAAUAAGAAUCUUUUACAAGGUCCGGAUCUGACAAAUAACUUGAUUGGCGUAUUGUGCAGAUUCAGAAAGGAACAUGUAGCAAUUGCAUGUGAUAUAGAAGCAAUAUUCCACCAAGUAAAGGUAAAGCCUGAUCACAGAGACCUACUACGCUUUCUGUGGUGGGAAAAUGGAAAUCCUGAUUCAACUGUCAAAGAAUAUAGAAUGACAGUGCACUUAUUUGGGGCUACAUCUUCUCCAAGUGUAGUAAGUUUUGCACUGAAAGCCACUGCUGAUGAUUAUGCAUGGCAAUGUGGUACAGAAGCUGCCUCCUUUGUUAAAAAUGAAUUUUAUGUAGAUGAUGGGUUAACAUCUUUACCUACAACUGCAGAAGCCAUAGCUUUAAUCAGGAAUAGUAAAGCAUUAUGUUCGAAGGGUGGCUUCAAAUUGCACAAGUUCUUGUCAAAUAAGAAAGAAGUUCUAGAAGCAAUAAGUUUAGAGGAAAAGGCUAAAAGUUUUAAGAACUUAGAUCUCUCUAGUGAAGCCUUACCAAUAGAGAGAACUUUAGGAGUAGAAUGGUGUAUAGAAUCAGAUACAUUCCAGUUCAGAAUUAGUAUUAAUGACAAACCAAUAACUAGAAGAGGUAUAUUGUCAACGGUGAGUUCUGUUUUCGAUCCAAUGGGUAUGGUCUCACCCUUUAUAUUGAUUGGUAAAAGAAUACUUCAAACCUUGUGUCAAGAUGGAGUAGACUGGGAUGAUGACAUAUCAGAUAAUUUGAAACAACAAUGGAGAAGAUGGAGAGAUGAUCUGAUUCAGUUGAAAGAGUUAAAGAUUCCUAGAUGCUACAAGCCUGAUGUGUUUAGAAAGGUCAAAUCAUUGGAACUGCAUCAUUUCUCUGAUGCUAGUCAGCAUGGUUAUGGACAGUGCUCUUAUUUAAGGCAAGUAAGUGAGCAGGGACAAGUUCAUUGUGCACUUGUCAUGUCAAAGUCUAGAGUGACACCAUUGAAGCCCAUAACUGUUCCUAGGUUAGAACUAACAGCUGCAGUCGUAGCUGUUCGAAUUAGCUCUAUGUUAAGGAAGGAGUUAGGUUAUCAGGAAGUAAAGGAAUACUUUUGGACCGAUAGCAAAGUCAUACUUGGCUACAUUUCAAAUGAAGCUAAGAGAUUCCAUGUGUUUGUUGCUAACCGAGUGCAGCAUAUUAAAGACCACUCCUCUAUGGAACAAUGGAAAUUUGUUGAGUCAGUUCAAAUCCUGUUGAUUCCACUUCACGUUGAUCCUGUAUGUAAAGAACCUGAUUGA